CCCAUUUGCUCUUAACGUUAGUUUGAAGGUUUGACACAAUAAGGGGCUCCAAUCACUCCACGUAACAAACACCCAUGGAUUCGAUCAUGGAAUCGAGAACUCAAAGUGUAGCCUUUGCAUUUAAGCGAUUGCCAUUCAUCAAUAGUGUUUGGCAUUAUUUGAAUUUGAUCUCAAAAAGGAGUAAUCGCCGACACCAACAUGGCAUCCAAGGUCGCCGUCAUCGGCAGCGGCAUUUCAGGAGCAGUUUGCGCGUCGAUUCUGGCUAAGAACGGUAUUUCAGUCACCAUUUUUGAGUCAGCUAGAGGUCCCGGCGGCCGCAUGUCGCAGCGAAGAGAACAUUGUGAGGACGGGAGAGAGCUAUUGUUCGACCAUGGUGCGCCGUACUUUACUUUGAACGCCAACAAUUUGGAACUGCAAAGUCUAGUUAAUAGCUGGGAAUCAAGAGGUCUAGUGGCUCAGUGGAAAGAGAAAUUCGGCUCUUUUGAUUAUAGUUCCAAAAGUUUUGUCAACGUUGAUGAGGAAGUGAACAUGAGAUAUGUUGGCGUACCUGGAAUGAACUCUGUCUGCAAAGCAUUAUGCCAAGAGCCCGGGGUGGAAACCAGGUUUGGACACGGUAUUGGAAGGUCGGAUUGGUUGAUGGAUCAUAACACAUGGUCCUUGACGAACAUGGAUGGACAAGAUGUUGGCCAUUUUAUGGGAGUGGUAGCUACAGACAAGAACACUUUUUUGUCUAGGUUUACAGAUGUCACUGGAAAACAGCCACCUAUUGAUCUGAAUUCAGAUUCAGAAGUCGGCUUUCAGAUUAAAGAAAUUCCAGCUUUUCCUUGCUUUGCUCUUAUGCUGGCAUUUGCAGAGCCACUUUCCUCUAUACCCAUGAAGGGAGGUUUUUCUUUCAAGAACUCAGAAAUUCUAAGCUGGGCUCAUUGUGACAGCAGCAAGCCGGGACGUGCAACUACUAGUGAGCGCUGGGUGCUGCAUUCUACUGCCAAAUAUGCGGAGCUCGUCAUCUCUCAGUCAGGAUUCCAGAAGCCUUCCCCUGCAUUAUUGACAAAAGUCGCUGAGGAACUAUUUCAAGAAUUCCUAAGAACUGGCAUUGACAUCCCACAACCUUUUUUCAAGAAAGCUCAUAGAUGGGGGAGUGCCUUCCCAGCUGUCAGUAUUGCUAGAGAGGAGAAAUGCUUGUGGGUAGAAAAGCGGAAGUUAGCAAUUUGCGGCGACUUCUGUGUGAGGCCGAGUGUUGAAGGUGCAAUAUCUAGUGGCAUUGCUGCAGCUGCAAAGUUCCUUGAACGGCUUGCUACUUAAUGAAUUUUUCUAUACCCAGUUAUAUUGCCAAUUCGCAAGUUCCUUACAUUUUUACGUUCUAUAGUUAUUUUCUUUCCCCUUA